UUUUUGCUUUCUUUCUUUCCUUCUUUCCUUUCAACAAUGAAUUCAAAUACAAACAACUAUUGCAUUGAUCCUGUUUCAAGAAGAACCUCUCUUUGUCCUCCUCAUCAUGAAAAUCAUGUUCUUUCACCGCCCCUUACGCCUGCUCUUUCUCAACACCAUCCUUAUGACAAAAGACAUUCUACUGAUUUAAGUUAUCAUCAUUAUCAUCGUCCAUCCUAUCCAAUUGAUCCUUGGAUAAAUCAACACUCUAUGUACCCACCUUAUAACCUUCAAAGCCCUAUUCCUACUUCUCAAAUGCCUAAUAAUACACAACGCUCUUCUGUAUUGAUAAACAACAGAACCAAAUCCGCUUCUUCUGGCAGCAGAAAGCAACCUACCAAACAAAAUAAACAUGCAUGUACUUUUCCUGAAUGUUCAUGGAGCUUUAAACGAUUUGAACACUUGAAGCGUCAUAUGCUAGUCCAUACCGGGGAAAGACCUCAUGUAUGUCCCCAUCCAGGAUGCGGUAAGCGAUUCAGUCGAUCCGAUAAUUUUCAUGCACAUUAUCGCACCCAUGAAAAGAAAGCAUUCGCUCGACAAAAACAACAACAACAGCAACAAGAUCCUCAUGCGUCUUCCUCUACUUCUACUUCUUCUUCAGCAGCUACUCCUACGAGUUCCUCAUUUAUCAUGAAAGAAGAAAAGGAGUUUUAUUACUCUAGUUCUUAUGCACUAUUACCCAAGGAACAGGACUCAUUUAUCAACCAAUAUCCGCAAGAUUCUAAUUAUAGCCCAACACCCUCUAGUAAGAUAAAGGUUGAAGAAGACAAAAAGCCUCAUGCUUGUACACAUCCUAAUUGUGAUAAAAGGUUUCGUCGUUUAGAACAUCUCAAAAGACAUACACGCAUUCAUACUCAAGAACAGCCUUUUAAAUGCAAUUUUCCAGGUUGCUUAAAGGCUUUUAGUCGAUCAGACAAUUUAGCACAGCAUAAAAAGACGCAUGAAAGACGUGAAUCUAGAUAUGGCAAUAAUAGCAGUCCAAUAGAAUCCUUUAUACAUCAAGAACAAUUUACGCUUGUCGAUCUUAUUCGUGAUAAUAAUACAGAUACCAAUAACUCAUUUCAUGACAAACAGCAGCAGCAACAAAACUCUCUAAUGAAUUGGCAACAUCCUAAUGAUUCAACAGAAAGUGUAGGAUGUUAAAGUCUCUUUUUUCUUUUUCUUUAUAAUAAACUAUAUAAAACGCGCU